AUCGAAGUGUUUAAGUUUAGAUUGAUGAGCAUAUUUUGUUGAUCAUUUUUCAGGAAUCAUUUACAACUAUCUAUUAUGAUUAUUUCGAAUUUCUACUAAAAGUGACAAUGAGAAGCCGUUCCAGCGGUAGGGCCGCUGUUGAUGACUCACCUCCUACCAGCAACAAACGUCCGUACAAUCGAAAAGCUCUCCUGUGUCGGCUGUGUUUACGGGUUCUCGCAAAGGAAGAUCUGCUGGAAAUAUUCACCGGAAACAAUAACUUGCAGAAAGCCAUCCGAGCGGCGGUGUCCGUUGAGGUAAACAGAAAAGAUCGUUCGAUCCGUUUGUGCCAGUCCUGUUUGGAUUUAGUGUACACCAUCAAUGAUUUUCGAACGGUUUGUGAAAAAUCGGCGGCACUCUUGUCUCAAAACGUACAGAUUCCAAGCGGAACCUUUUGGGCGGAUGAAUCGGACCAGAAAGUAUUCGCGAAAUGCCGUGCCCUGGUUGAACAAUGCAAGACUGAAAUUGAAAAACUUUUCCUGGAGAAAUCGGAUGUUUGCUGUGAUGAUACAAAUGAUUCGUUUGAGGAAUCUGUUACUUUGCCAGUUGAGCCCAGUCCAACCGAAGAAGUGGAUAUUAAGUCAGUAAAGAAUGAGCUACCUGUUAAAGCAGAGGCUCUAAACAUCGACAUACUUUCUGAUGUGGACGAUGAUGAUGAUGUUGGGUUAGAUAUUGACGAUACUUGUUCUUUGAAGUUGGAACAGGAAAGUGAGACUGCGUUUAUUGGCUUUACUGACCCAGAAUCGGAAGCUGAAAAUAACGAGCAAAAGGAGGAUACCGACCCAGAUUUCAUAGCAAAACCGAAACGGUCAAAGAAAAAUUCCAGUGAUCCACCGAGGCGUCGGGGAAGACCAAUUCUUCCCGAUGAAAUGUUGAAGCGCCGAAGACGGAUACCGGGCGAACCGAAAAGAAAACCGGGUCCUAAAAACCGCAUCAAGCUGCCAGCGCAAUCGGUGUGCGAAAUUUGUGGCUUACUAGUGAAUCGCGAGAAUCAAGAACGACAUCGAAAUGAUCACCUGGGCCACCGACCGUACCCCUGUACGGUCGAAGGUUGCUCCCGUUCAUUUUCCAGCAAAGCCGGCCUGCUGGGGCACCUGGCUCGUCACGCCGAUCGGGACAACAUCUACGAUUGUGACAUCUGCGGGGCAAAGAUCAAAACGAAAAGUUCCCUGCAGCGGCACCGGAAAAUGCACGUCGCCGAGAAGCCACAUGCUUGUGAUAUUUGUGGGAAACGAUUUUGGCGAAAGAGCUAUCUGAAUCAUCACUCAACGGUGCACACCGGAGUCGCUAAGUUUCCCUGCGAGUAUUGUGGGUUUGUGUUUAAAAAUAAGUACUGGCGAUCGUUUCACAUCAAACAGAAGCAUGUGGCGAAGGGGGAGGAACCGAAGUUUCAAGCUCAGGAUGAGCUGGAUGAAAAUGGAGAUAUUCCGCAGGGGCUGGUGACUGAGAUUAGUAUCGAGUUCGCUUGAAUUGUGUUGUGUCAGAAUAAAUGGCUUGGAUA